AUGCUUCCCUCGCUUCUGACUUUUCUGGCGUUACUAGUUGGGAUAUUUGGUUUGGAGGAUGAACAUGUGCUGGAAAAUGACAGAGCAUUUCAGACCUGUGCAUAUGUGGCCAACUACGAGAAUUCGAGGUUGUUUUUCAUCUCGCAGCAUUUCACUCCUGAAAUUACAGUCAAGUUCCAAAACCUGCCUGGUGCCACGGUCGACACGCUUUUAAUUUCCGGCAGUGAUUUGGAGCGUGUGAAACUUGAUCCAACGCCAAUGGUCAAGGUUUGCGACGAGAGCGCCAUCAAGAAGAAACUGUGCACGUAUCCGUCUCUUGACCAGCUAAAGUUGCGCAUGACGCUCGACGAACUGAUCGACAGUGAAGAGUUCGAGUUUCCAAUCGAACAUUACAAGUUCAUUCCAUCUGAGCUACCAGACAAUAAGCACAAAUUCGAGAUCAAAAACACGGCCAUUUACUGUGUGAUAUUCACGGCUCAGAAUAUUCCUGCCGACGCAGGAAAUUUGCGUGUUGUUGUCGACUGGAAACAGAGCUUUGGUAAUCUAUUGGUGUCCGACUACCACUACCUGUACUGGGACUUUACGCUUUUCUUGUCCUAUGUGAUGCUUUUUGCCCUUUUUGCCGCAUACUUGUACCGCAAAGUGCGUAUGGACAAAACCAAUGCCAUUUUAUCAAACUCCAUCUGGUUCAAGCAGUUUACCAUUCAGGUUAAGCUCUUAUUUUACAUUGCCGGAACUGCGUUCGGUUUCUUCAGCUCUGUCAUCAUCUACUCGCAGCUCAACAAGUACGGCUACGGAUACUACGGCAGUCUGAGUAUGAUUCUCAUGAACGCUUGUAUGCUCACUUUCAGCGCAACAUUCACGGUAUGGAUCGUGUACAACUGCCUGAUUAUCUCCUCGGGGUUCCUAUUCUUCAGCAAUAUGAAGAGCCCGAAGAAGCUGAGAAUUUUCAGAGCCCUAUGUGCGUUCCUCUUCCUUCAGCUUCUUCUUUUUGCUGUCGAAGAGUCUUCGGUAUAUUCUAUUCUUGGAGGCAGGGCCUCUUUCCUUAGUGACUUUAUUUUCGUGCAACUGGUUGUUGUGUACUUCCUCUGCUGCUACUACGCAUGGCAAACUCACAAGCAGCUCACCAACCGGAGUCUGCGUACAAAGCUCCUGCUCACAUUUGCCCUGCUCACAAUCAUGAGCCUGGUCGAAUUAAUUUUGAGAGGAAGAGUGCUUUACGACUACGUGAACGAGCUCUUCCUCGAAAUGGCCAAUGUCACCACCACGGCCUACACUCUUAAUUACCUCAUCACCAUCGCCCUUGUGCUGAUAUGGAAAGACACGAACCUGCAAAAUGGCGAGCUCUUGGCGAAAUAG